AUGCAAUUCUCCACCCUCUUCCCCACCAUCCUCCUCGGCGCCUCCUUCGUCGCCGCAGACUACUGCACCCAGGCCCUCGACCCGGAGACCCGCAAGUCCAACACGGGCUUCCGCUUCGAGAGCGUCGACAACGCCAACUGGAAGUGGCAGUCCCGCGACCUCCAGGUCGUCACCACCCUCAACCAGAACUGCCAGAUCCACCAGGGCGGCGGCGGCGGCGCCUUCGCCGCCACCAUCUGCAUCGAUUUCGACGGCAACUACGCCUGCUGGGUCACCCCCGCCAAGAACCAGGUCUGCGACCUCGUGUUUGAGCAGAACGAGGCGCCCAUUGAUGUCUGCAAGAGCAUCAAGAACAUUUGGGGAUGGGUUGCUUAG